CAGACACUUUUGUUUCACUCAUCUUUUUUUAUCAUCCUCUCAUGGCGGAUAACACGAGAACUGUCCAAAUCCAAAGGCUUGUGUUCGCCUUCAUCUUUUUCACUUCUCCUCUUUAGCGUUUUACUCAUUCUUUCUUAAUUUGCUUCGGAUCCAAUUCAAGUCAGCUAUGGUGGCUAUGGCCUCUGCUUCUGGUUCUGCUCUUCGCUUCACUGAACCUCCUAGCUCUCGCGCUAUCAGACGCGAGUUUGGAGCUUUCUGUCUUGCUCCUCGGACAGUCACUUUCGGAUUCGUCGAUAAAUCUAUUACCAAUCUCCACCGACUAAGGUUAUCUAGUUUGAAGACUAGAGCAUCUAAUGCUACUGCUGUGGAGGAGAAUGCAAAUGCUGCUGAUUCUGAUAAAGUUCCAACACCGGUGGUCAUAAUCGACCAAGAUUCUGACCCUGAUGCUACCGUCGUUGAAGUUACAUUCGGAGACCGUCUUGGAGCUCUACUUGACACUAUGAAUGCGCUCAAGAACUUGGGUUUGAAUGUGGUCAAGGCUAAUGUCUACCUCGAUUCUUCUGGCAAGCACAACAAGUUUGCCAUUACUAAAGCGGAUAGUGGAAGAAAAGUAGAAGAUCCUGAGUUGCUGGAGGCCAUCCGUCUCACUGUCAUUAACAAUAUGCUUGAGUUUCAUCCUGAAUCAAGUUCUCAGUUGGCAAUGGGAGCAGCUUUUGGUGUUCUUCCACCAACUGAACUGGUUGAUGUGGACAUUGCAACACAAGUAAGCAUUAAAGAUGAUGGACCAGACCGCAGUUUACUAUACAUAGAAACAGCAGAUAGGCCUGGGCUAUUAGUUGAGCUGGUGAAGAUCAUUUCUGAUAUUAGCGUUGCCGUGGAAUCUGGAGAAUUCGACACCGAGGGUUUGUUGGCUAAGGUAAAGUUCCACGUAAGCUACAGAAACAAAGCCCUUAUCAAGCCUCUCCAGCAGGUUCUUGCUAAUAGUCUGAGGUACUUCUUGAGGCGUCCGUCCACUGACGAGUCAAGUUUCUGAAAUGUAAUUUACCAAAAGAUAAAGAAGUCACAUUCCAUAUGACUGCCUAUUACCACGUUUUUUUUUUACGUUUGACAAAAAUAAGCUGCUUCCUUUUAGUGGCCUUUGCAUACAUCUGUAGUAGUAACAUUCUCUAUUUCAAUCAUUUUAUCAAAUUUACUUUCAUUUACGA